AUGAAUUUUCCAAUAUUUAAAGACCGAAAAACUGUGAAUAUCAAAAUGAGUAGACUUUCUGGUUAUCACAUCAUGAUAGUCUCAAUUUACUUUGAAACUAUCAAAGACUUUAUUAACUUGGAGUUGGUGUGCAAGAAGUUUAGAGGCAAUAUGGAGAAGUUUCACUUCAACCCGAUUCCGUUAAAUUCCAAAACACUUGGAUACUUUCCAAACAUCGAGACACUUCAUUUGUGGGAUAAAAAGGAUGAGAAUUUUGGCAAUGGAUUUAUGAUAAACACAGAGAAAAUGGAAAUUGUGAAAAUAAAGGUUGUUUUAAAGAAAGAAUUUUUUCGAAUCAUUGUGUGGUUCAAUGUUGACUUUGAAACUGUUGACAGAAACAAAAAUCGAAACAUCGAGUUUAAAAAUGUCACUUACACUCAAAAUGAUAGAAAGAAAUUUGGUAAUAACAUACCAUCAAGUGUGACAUCAAUUGGUGAAUAUUGUUUCAGUUUUUGCGGUAGUUUAAGCAGUAUUACAAUACCAUCAAGUGUAAAAUCAAUUGGUGAUUGGUGUUUCAGUGGAUGUAGUAGUUUAAGCAGUGUUACAAUACCAUCAAGUGUAAAAUCAAUUGGUUAUUAUUGUUUUUAUGAAUGCAGUAGUUUGAGCAGUAUUACAAUACCAUCAAGUGUGACAUCAAUUGGUGAUGAUUGUUUCAGUGAAUGCAGUAGUUUGACUAGUGUUACAAUAUUAUCGAGUGUGACAUCAAUUGGUGGUGGUUGUUUCUUUGAGUGUAGUAGUUUAAGUAGUGUUACAAUACCAUCAAGUGUAAAAUCAAUUGGUAAUCAUUGUUUCAAUAGAUGCAGUAGUUUGAGUAGUGUUACAAUAUUAUCGAGUGUGACAUCAAUUGGUGAAUAUUGUUUCAAUGAAUGCAGUCGUUUGAGUAGUAUUAACAUACCAUUGAGUGUUACAUCGAUUGGUGAUAGUUGUUUUGAUAGAUGCAGUAGUUUGAGUAGUAUUACAAUACCAUCAAGUGUGAAAUCAAUUGGUCAAUAUUGUUUCAGUGAAUGCAGUAGUUUAAGCAGUGUUACAAUACCAUCAAGUGUGAGAUCAAUUGGUGAAAAAU